AUGAUUUCAUUUGCCGAUAUUAGUGAGACUGUCCAAAAUGUCACUGAUUGCAUUAUUAAGGCCGCUGAUGCUUCAAUUCCAAAGCGUACCCCUCUUCCACGCAAAUUUCGCAAACCAUGGUGGAAUGAUGAAUGUCGUAAUGCUUAUAAGGAACAAAGAAAAUGUUGGGGUAUUUUCCGCAGGUAUCCUACCACGGAAAAUCUUGUUGCAUUUAAAAGAGCAAGAGCAAAUGCUCGUCGAAUUCGGCGCCGCAGUCAAAAAGAAUCUUGGCAAAGUUUUAUAUCCACCAUCACUUCCAAUACAUCUAGUGCACAGUUGUGGAAGAAAGUUAAAGCGGCAAACGGAAUUUAUAAAGAAUUCGCUUUCCCCAUCUUAAAUACAGAAACGGCUUCAUAUUCCUCGCCACUUGAUAUUGCAAAUGUUAUUGGAGAAACCUUCGCUGAUGUUUCAAGCUCUGUUCCUAAUAAUCCGACUUUUCGUGCGAUUAAGAGACAAGCUGAACAAGUGCCUUUGAAGUUUAGAACCCGCAGGGUCCUCUCUUAUAACUAUAACUUUAAGAUAUUGGAAUUAAGGAACGCUCUUUCUCAUACUCGAGAUACUAGCCCAGGUGUCGACGGGAUUACCUACAGUAUGCUUCGACAUUUAGACGAAACCUCUCUUUUGCACCUCCUGCACUUGUUUAACAGAAUCUGGAGUGAGCAAACUUUUCCUGAACAAUGGUAUGAAGCCAUUGUGAUACCUAUCCUUAAACCUGGAAAGGUUCCUACCAAUCCCUCAAACUAUAGGCCAAUUGCUUUAACUAGUUGUCUCUGUAAAACGCUCGAACGCAUGGUAAAUGCCCGUUUACUCUAUGAACUGGAGAAAAAUGGGUAUAUCUCACCUUUCCAAAGUGGUUUCCGUCGAGGACGUUCUACCAAUGACAACUUGGUUAUGCUUGAAUCUCAAAUUCGAAAUGCAUUCGUCCGGAGAAACCAUCUAGUUUCUAUAUUCUUCGAUAUAGAAAAGGCGUACGAUCGUACGUGGCGGUAUGGUAUCCUCCGUACUUUAGGUGAUUUUGGUUUUAAAGAGCGACAACUUCAGAGGGCUGUUAACAAACUAAUUUCAUGGUGUGAUGAGAAUGGACACACGCUUUCCCCUGAAAAGAGCCGCUGUGUACACUUUUGUCGGAAACGGAGUCUUCAUCCUGAUCCUGUAAUACAAAUUCGAGGUGUUGAUAUUCCAGUCGUUGAGGAAGUACGUUUCUUAGGAGUCAUAUUUGACCGGAAACUCACUUUCCUUUCGCAUGUUCUUCAUCUGCGAAAGAGGUGUGAAAAAUCCCUCAACAUCCUAAAAGUUCUCUCGACUACAAGAUGGGGGGCAGAUCGAACAUCUUUACUUCGUAUCUAUCAGUCUGUUAUUCUGUCGAGAAUUGAUUAUGGAUGCGAAAUAUAUGGUACAGCUCGUUCUGGUGUUCUCCGAAAUUUAGACACAGUACACAACAGUGCUUUGCGUAUAUGUUCUGGAGCUUUUCGUACAUCACCAGUUCAUAGUUUGAAUGUGAUCUGUCAUCAACUUCCACUUUAUCUGAGACGGAAAAAAUUAUCUGAACUAUAUUUUUUCCGUAUUGAAUCUUCUAUAAAUCACCCUAUUCGUAGAAUUAAUUUACCCAUUGGCCUGGGACGAUUAUAUAAUGCACGUCCUUCUAAUAUCCUACCCUUUCGUGAAAGGGUAAAAAGAGCUUUUGCUGAUGUAAAUAUUUUAAAUCUGCAGAUUCAUAAUACUACUGCUCUUGCUUUGCCACCCUGGGAUGUCCCAGAAAUAUCAUAUCUUAACCCUUUUCUCACCUAUGACAAGUCUACCACUUCAUCUAUUGUCUUUCAACAACUUUUUUUAUAUCACCGCAAUGAAUACUCUACGCACAUUCCUGUUUUUACGGAUGGCUCAAAGACAGCUUAUCAUGUGGGUUGUGCUGUCGUCAUUGCUGAGGACACAAGCAGUUUUCAAUUGAGUACUUUGUGUUCGGUUUUAACUGCUGAACUAAUGGCAAUUAUGAUUGCUCUUGAAAAAAUUUCUAAUCUCAGUGACCAUAAAUUCUGCAUUUAUUCUGAUAGUAUGAGUGCUCUGGAAGCCCUCAGCCAUCCUCAUACUAAAACACAUCCACUAGCUAUAGAUAUCCUACAUCUUUGGAGAAAUUUGCAAACUCGGAAUUACCAAAUUUUAUUUUGUUGGUUGCCAGGCCACGCUGGCAUUUUUGGCAAUGAAUCUGCCGAUGCUGCAGCAAAGGCAGCAUCCACUUCUCUACAACGACCUGACAUCACUUUGUGGCCGGUAGUUCCAGUACGCGAGUUGGACGUCAAAUUGACUCGGCUUCGCAUUGGCCAUACUCGCCUCACACAUAAACAUCUUCUAUUUGGUGAGCGAUGUCCAGUCUGUAAUGCGUGUGAUGUUAAUUUAACUGUCACUCAUAUUUUAUCAGAAUGUCCAAUUUUUAAUUCUCAUCGAUUACAUUUAUUCGGUACAUCAUCUUCAAACAUUCGUGACUUGGCAGAUAAUAGGGAGUUAGCCAACAAAUUGCUUGACCAACUCACAACAACAAUAAAUCACCUGGAGAUAUAUAACCCAGGGCUCCCAACAACAAAGGAAGACAGAAGCCAGCAAACGGAGCCGGUAACCACCACCGACGAUGUCUGUCCCAAUAAAAGAAUCUCCUACGCACAAGCAGCGAAACCGAAAAAGGAAUCUAAAACCGUCCUCUUAUACCCAACUAAGGAGAGAAAGACGGACCUUGUCAACAUCCUGAAGAAGGAAGUGGCCCCUACAACAAACAUUAAAAUAAAUCAAGUGAGAAGGCUGCAAAAGCAGGGAAUUGCCAUUGAUUGCAACUCGGAAAAAGACCAAGCCAAGCUUCUACCCUCUGCAAGAAACCAUCAGGCCAAUACAAGUAGAGAGGAAGCUUCCGAGGCUAAUUUCAUAUGGGUUCCACCAUGA